AAACUGUUACAUGCCAUUAGGUGUACUGUAAACCAUCCUGGGCUAAAUUCUUUGCCUGACAAUGCCCCUCUGAAUCCCAGAUACCUUCUUUUUUUUUUCUUUUUUUUCUUACUUUUAUAGAGGGGGGGAAAAAGAAGGAUUGGACCACAUUAGGAGGAAAGUCGCUUGCAAGCAGCCCGAGGAGUUUUAAUGCCCCGGCUGGGUCCGACGUAAGACUCUCUCUCUGCAAAGGAAAAGCCUCUGAGGAAGGAAGAAUCAUUCUAAAUAUGAUGUGCACCACACUGAGCCCGGCGGGGCGGGGCCCGGGCCUCUCAGAUAUGCACCAGUACAGCCAGUGGCUGGCAAUACGGCACGAGGCCAACCUGCUGCCCAUGAAAGAAGAUCUGGCUUUGUGGCUCACCAGCUUUCUCGGGAAGGAAAUAACAGCGGAGACGUUUAUGGAGAAGUUGGAUAAUGGCGCCUUGCUCUGUCAGCUCGCUGAGACCCUACAGGAUAAAUUUCGGGAAAAUCACACAGACGCCAACAGGAAACUUGACAAGAGCCUGCCGACAAAGAAGAUCCCAUACAGAGCCAACGCCCCGUCCGGCUCUUUCUUUGCGAGGGACAACACAGCAAAUUUCCUCGCCUGGUGCAGAAAUAUUGGCGUCGGAGAAACCUGCUUGUUUGAGUCGGAAGGUCUGGUGCUACACAAGCAGCCCCGAGAAGUCUGCCUUUGCCUCCUGGAACUGGGAAGAAUCGCCGCGAGGUUUGGGGUGGAACCCCCAGGAUUAAUUAAACUGGAAAAGGAGAUUGAACAAGAAGAGAUUUUAUCCACCCCCACGCCGUCUCCAUCUCCCUCCCCAACAAAGUCACCGGGGAAGAAAAGUACAGGGAAACUGCUAGACGAUGCGGUUCAGCACAUUUCCGAAGACCCCCCGUGCAAGUGCCCCAAUAAAUUUUGCGUGGAACGACUUUCCCAAGGAAGAUACAAAGUUGGCGAAAAGAUCCUUUUCAUUAGGAUGCUGCACAAUAAGCACGUGAUGGUGCGGGUCGGUGGCGGCUGGGAGACCUUCGCCGGCUACUUGCUAAAGCACGACCCUUGCCGGAUGCUGCAGAUCUCCCGCGUGGAUGGCAAGACGUCCCCGGUGCAGAACAAAUCCCCCACCAUUAAAGACAUGAGCCCCGAUACCUACUUGGUGGUGUCGGCCCAUUACAAAAGCAAGAAAGAGAUCAAGUGAAACGUGGGGGGGUCACCGUGGCUAUUAGAUAAUACCCCCCCCCCCCCGUGCUGUGUAUCAUAGGCCACUCCGGUAGCGAGGGGAGGGGCUUAAACCAAAAUUCCCUUAAACAGACUGAAAAGUAUUCAGUUAUUUAUCCAGCCGGAGCUGCCAUGGGAUUGCUGCAGGGAACCCCCUGCGCCUCCUACUUUGCAGCCUAUUUAAGGGGAAAGUAAAGGGGAAAUAAUAGCUCUUGAUUACGUCUGCAUAAGUGAUACUUCCCCUUGAAUGUUAUCAUUCAUUUUCUGUUUCAUGUUUGCGGGGGGCCAUAGCAACGCCCCUGGAAGGACUCACGGAAACGUCUCCUCAAUGUUUAGUUUUUGAAACCGUAGGUCUUUUUUUUUUAGCAUGUUUAUCCUUUAUUUUUAUAUUUGUUUGUGUUAUAAAGUCAACGUGGUUUGUUUUCAUUGGCUGACUCCUGUCACCAGUUUGCCAAAAUGGCCGCUGCUGUGAAGGUCAGUCUGCGCCUAUUCAGCAUACUACAUUACCCAGAAUCCUCUGACAGCCUCUGGCUUUUUGCUUAUGCAAGAGUGAUAUUCUGAAACAAUUUGCAAUUGGUCUUUGUUUUUCUAUUAUUCGUCGUCUUUUUUUUUGUAAUUAUUUCACUUUGUGUUCAGCAGCUCUGAGUUUCAGCAACUAACUGGUUGCUAGGUACCAGAUUGUCUUAGCAACCAGGGCGUGGUUUGAACGAGAGAUAGUGAUAUGAAUAACACAGGACCCGAAUAGAAAAAAUAAGUCAUAAAAAGUAACAAUAAGAACAUUUUAGCCUCACAGAGCGAUAGGGUUUGGCUGCCGGGGUCA